AUGGCCAUGUCUGGGUCCUCAAAACGCAUGAUCCAACAAUUUGCUUACACACAGCUCAGUGCGCCAUUCAAGAACUCAUACAAUGAGGACAAGUGCCAGGCACAAAUCGACGCCCUAUAUGAGUGCUGCAACGCAUUCUACCAGCAACAAGGUGACCAGGCCUCGACCGUCAGCUGUCCCAAGGCAGGUCUACUGCGUCUGAAGAUGAAGCAACGAGCCCAAGCCGCUCAAGACAACAAUUGA